GGCAUUUUUGUAGACGCACUGGAAGCUUCCUUGUUGACGUUGACGUGUUGGUGGUAAGCCAACUAGGAUGGCAGACACUAAGGUAGAGCUAGCAGGUGACAGCCCUCUAGUUCAAAACAGUAGCAAUGUCGCUCACCAGCCCAAUAACCCUUUGUCAAGGAAGCUUAAUAAAAUUUUGGAAACCAGGUUGGACAAUGACAAGGAGAUGCUGGAAGCUUUGAAGGCGCUGUCGGUGUUCUUCACGGAAAACAGUCUACGGACACGAAGAAAUCUACGCGGGGACAUAGAGCGGCGCAGCUUGUCAAUUAACGAGGAAUUUGUCCGUAUAUUUAAAGACGUUAAAGAGGAGCUUGAGAGUGUGCAUGAAGAUGUUCAUGCUAUGAGUACCUGCUGUGAUGAAAUGACCAACAGAUUGAAGGCUGCUAAGGAGCAAACUCAGGACCUGAUUGUGAAAACCAACGCGCUCCAGGGCGAAAAUCAUCGUCUGGAGGUGCGGGCCCAUGUGGCGCAGGCCUUCCUCGGCAAGUUCCAGCUGUCCAGCGAGGAGAUGGCGACCCUCCGCACGGCCAGAGACGGACCUGUCACUGAGGACUUUUUCAAGGCGUUGAAUCGGGUGAAGCAAAUCCACGAAGAUGUCAAAGUCCUCCUGCGGACCAACCAGCAGACAGCAGGACUGGAGAUCAUGGAACAGAUGGCAGUGUUGCAGGAGGCAUCCUACGAACAGCUCUACCGCUGGGCACAGAAUGAGUGCAGAGGCUUGACCCAGGAGACAUGUGACAUCACCCCUGUGCUGAGUCAGGCCAUGGAAGCGCUGCAGGACCGGCCUGUCCUUUACAAGUACACUUUGGAUGAGUUUGGCACAGCGAGGAGGAGUGCAGUGGUGCGGGGCUUUAUUGAUGCUCUUACACGAGGAGGAUCUGGAGGCACACCGCGCCCCAUCGAGAUGCACUCUCAUGAUCCCAUGAGGUAUGUAGGGGACAUGUUGGCCUGGCUCCACCAAGCUACAGCAUCAGAGAAGGAGCACAUGGAAGCCUUACUGAAGCAGGUCACCAUUCAAGGGGUGGAGGAGAACAUGCAGGAGGUGGUGGGUCACAUCACUGAGGGGGUCUGCAGGCCGCUCAAGAUGCGUAUUGAGCAGGUGAUUGUUGCAGAGCCAGGAUCCGUGCUGCUCUAUAAGCUCUCCAACCUGCUGAAAUUCUACCAUCACACAAUUAGUGUCAUCGUGGGCACCAGCGUAGCUGCCCUCCUGAUGACCAUGGAGGAGAUGCACAUCCUCAGCAAGAAGAUGUUCUUCAACAGCCUCAGUCUCCACGCCAGCAGACUCAUGGACAAGGUGGAGCUGCCCCCUCCAGACCUGGGCCCCACCUCCUCGCUCACCCAGACGCUGUCCCUGCUCCGGGAGGUGCUGGCCUCCCACGACUCUUCAGUGGUCCCGCUCGACGCCCGGCAGGCCGAUUUUGCCCAGGUGUUGUCCUGUAUCCUGGACCCUCUGCUGCAGCUGUGCACGGUGUCAGCCAGUAACCUGGGUACCGCAGACAUGGCCACCUACAUGGUGAACUGCCUGUACAUGAUGAAGACCUCCCUGGCUCUGUUUGAGUUCACAGACAAACGUCUGGAGAUGCUGGAGUUCCAGAUUGAGGCUCACCUGGACACCCUGAUCAACGAGCAGGCGUCUUACGUGCUGACCAGGGCCGGCCUGAGCUACCUGUACAGCACCCUUCAGCAGCACAGCCCCGAGCAGGGUCCUUUGGCGAAUCUCCCCAGCAUGGACAGUUCCUCAGUCAAAGGCUCGAUGGUGCAGUUUGACCGCUACCUGUCUUCACCAGACACCCUGAUGAUGCCGCAGCUCAACUUCCUCCUCAGUGCGGCCAUCAAGGAGCAGAUCUUCAGGCAGUCCACGGAGCUGGUGUGCCGGGCCUACGUGGAGGUGCACUCGGCCGUGACCAACCCCGCCAACGGCUACAAGGAGCCCGAGAGCCUGCUGCUUCGCUCCCCACAGCAGGUGCAGAGCCUGCUGUCUUGAGGGGCCUCCAGCCCAGGCCGCCAGAGGCCUAACCACAGACCAUCAGCGCCGCGACGGGGCCCCGCACCGGAGCCCCCGCACACACAGGCCCAGGUGUCUGCGGCCUCUGGAGACCACGUUUGGCCCCUGCAGGAAGAAGAGUGAGAGAGAAAAACAAAAACGCAUGUGGUUAAUAGGACCACACUGUGUUACUGACUGACUGACUGAGUGACUGCCUUGGUGCUGGGAGAAGUUUUUUUUAUUGAAUGGGAUUGGGUACUCUUCUGUUUGUUUGCUGGGGUACACGAAGAAGAGCAGAGUGGCUGCAAGUUAAAUCAAGAGGAGGGUUGUGUAUAUGUGUGUGUUUGAACCGGUGUGUGUGUGUGUGUGUGUGUGUGUGUGUGUGUGUGAGAGUGUGUGUGUGUGUGUGUCUCUCCAGCUCCAACAUCUCUGCAUGGCGGCUGCUGUUUGCCAGGGCUGGAGAGAACUGCUAGCACUUUGGGGUUGGGGGGGGGGGGGGGGUAAAAGAACAAGAAAAAGAGAUAUUUAUUUUUUCUCUCUCCACAUGAACAAGAGAUUCCCACAAGUAGGCAAGGAAAAGAGCAAGAUAUUGACCCUCAGAUCGCUUUUCCUUUUUAUCUAACUCUCACUCACUCACGCACGCACAUACACACACACUCACUCAGGCCCACACACACACACACACACUCAUUCAGGCACACACACACCCUCAGACACACACACUAGGGUCUGACUCCAGUCCAACCCAUAAUCAGAAACAGCUCCGUCUUUCUUCUUGUUAAAUCUUUUUCCUCUCUCAUCUGUCUUUCCCCUCUUUCUCUCUUUCGUUCUCUCAGUUAAGUUUCUUCAACUCCAUUAAAAGACACCCAAAUGUG